AUGACCAUGCCUUACCUUUCCAUUAUUGUUACCUCCUUCAUUGCACUAUCAACCAAGAUUAGUCCUGUCCUGUCUUUGAGUGCAGGAAAAUAUACUAUUAGUGUCAGGCCCAAUGGUCUUAACCCUUCGUUGCUAUACUCUGAGUAUGGUGUAAACGAAGAAAUACAAGUUGGGCCCUUUGAAGAUAGGCAAACCCAACAAGCACUGUGGUCUGUGAUUCCAGACCCUCAAAAUGAGAACAAUGUCCGGUUUGAGAAUGUACAAUUCCACUGUGCACCCUACGUAGGAUCUAGAUCUACAAAUAGUUUUUCAAGUAUUCCAACCAUUAUCUGUGGUGACCUUCACAGUGUUUCUGAGGAGUUCAAAUUGACCCAGAUCUCUAAUAAAGCUGGGACGUACUACAUUGAUACCAUUGCUCGUGAACCCCCAAGAAGAAUGUUUGUAGAGUGCUACAAUGAAUUGGUAAAUGGGUCAUGUACCAGCAACGUAACACUUACAUUGUCGGGCUCACCUUUACCUGAGUUGGACCUUUUCCCUUUCACUACAGAGUUCACUUUUACCCCAGUGCCUUGA